AUGGAAAUGAUAACAGGGGUGAGUAUAAAGAGAGAAGAUCAAUCAAGAGAACUCAGUGAAAUUCGUAGAGAACAAAAAGAAUAUAGAGAAGAAAUAAGACAGUUAAGACAAGAGAAUGAAACAUUAAGAGAAGAAAACACAAAAUUAAAAAAGGUACUUUUUCAAAUAGAAGAACGGCUUGAAAGUUUGGAAAAUGGAAAAAUGCGUAAAAACAUAGUUAUAUAA